UGCAGCAGGUGUGGGAGUGUAAUAACUGCUGCGAGCCACUUCCUGCUUUCACUACUACCGUUUCUUUCAGCUUACAGGAGAAAGCAGUUGCAACAGUUAUGGGUGUGCUAACUUUUCAGCUUUUGGUAUGUGGCCAGCUAAUAUUGUUUUUGCUGGUCUUGAAUAAUAUAAUUGAUGCACAACAUACUGGUGAGUCACCAUCAAGCCUGAGUGCUACAAUAGCUUCACCUCUGAAUGCAACAGGAAACCACACAGAAAAUAAUGUCUCAAAUUCAUCAAGCUAUUCAGCACACAGUAAUAGUACAACAACUCAAAACAACUUGACAACCCAGACGACCACUAUUGUCUCCAACACUACUUUGGGACCCAACAAAAGCAAUGUAACAGGAUCAGCAGGGCAGCCAAACAAAACAGAAAAUGCUCAGACAACCCAAUCAUCCACAUCCUCAGCAUUCAACAUCAGUUCAACAGCUGUCACUUCUACAGACAACACCACACAUAGCAGCAAUGGAAGUGCUAUAUCAAAAACAGCACCAGUGACCAAACCAACAGCGAUAAUUUCUACCGCUGUAACUCAAAACAGCACAACUUCUUUGAAUGAAUCUCAAGCAGGUGAUGGCCUGAAUCAUUCAGAGAAAUCUCUGACCAUUUUAUUCAGCAUUCUGCUUGGUGUAAUAGUUCUGGUAAUUCUGGGGCACUUUGUGUACAAGUUCGGCAGGAGCAAAGAGAGAAGUAUCCAAUACACUCACCGCCGUCUCCAUAAUGAAGAUACAGGUGAGCCAUUUGCAGUGCCAGAUGACACGCUGGUCAUUUCAGGAGGACUCUAUGAUGGCCCUCAGAUUUACAACCCCACCAUGACAGUGCAGAACGAAGAAUUCCAGAUAGACGCACCUGGAUUUGCAUCCAGACCCACUCAGUUCCGCUUGGAAUUUCUAGGAGAGGAUCAAGACAGAGCAGACCCUGAUACUUCCACCUUUCAGACAUUCCAUGCACAUGAUCAAGAGCCUUAGGAUCUCAGCAACAAACCUCUUUUUAUUAAUAAAA